AUGCACAGGGUUAAUUUCCGGCCCCGCCAGGUUUUUAACGAACCAAGCGCGCUGAAGAAAGACAUGGGACAAGAGAUCGACCAGGGUCUCUGGAAAAUCAAACACUUUGUUCAGAGAAAUGAGAUCUUCUUUUUUUUCAAUCACUACGGGUCCCUCAUUAAUGGCUUGAUCGGGAGCAAGCUGGCCGAGGCGCGGGUGGCACUGGGGGAGAUCGACGAGGAUCGACCGGGUUCCCAACUCCUGAUUUCUCCUGAUCUUCAUUUCCAUGUGUUUCCGUAUUAUCGGCUCCGAAGGCUCGAUGAGGAAGUGGAGGAUGAACGUGUGUGGAUAGUGGAUACAUUGGUGGAUUCGGGCAUGGACAUCGGUCCCGGCAUGAUCGGUCUAGCAGAUUAG